AGAGCUUCCCCUUUAAUAGAACAAAUAAUUUUUUUUCAUGACCAUACUUUAAUUAUUUUAAUUAUAAUUACUAUUUUAGUUAUAUAUUUAAUAAUAAAUUUAUUUUUUAAUAAAUUUAUUAAUCGAUUUUUAAUAGAAGGACAAAUAAUUGAAUUAAUUUGAACUAUUUUACCAGCAAUUACAUUAAUUUUUAUUGCUCUUCCUUCUCUUCGAUUAUUAUACCUAAUAGAUGAUUUAAAUAAUCCAUUAAUUACUUUAAAAUCAAUUGGACAUCAAUGAUACUGAAGUUAUGAAUAUUCAGAUUUUAAUAAUAUUGAAUUUGAUUCUUAUAUAACUAAUGAUUAUAAAUUAAAUAAAUUUCGCCUUUUAGAUGUUGAUAAUCGAAUUAUUAUCCCAAUAAAUAAUCAAAUUCGAAUUUUAGUUACAGCUACAGAUGUUAUUCAUUCUUGAACUAUUCCUUCUUUAGGUGUAAAAGUAGAUGCUAAUCCUGGACGACUAAAUCAAACUAAUUUUUUUAUUAGUCGUCCAGGAAUUUUUUUUGGUCAAUGUUCAGAAAUUUGUGGAGCAAAUCAUAGUUUUAUACCAAUUGUUAUUGAAAGUGUAAAUAUAAAUAACUUUAUUAACUGAAUUAAUAAUUAUUCUU